AGGCUCCCUUUGAUUGGCUGACUGAAAUCAUGACAAUUUGAUGUCAAUAGGAAGCGACGAAUGCUUAUUUCUUUCCUCCACAUUUUUGUCAGUGUUUGUAUAUAUGGUUUUCCCUGAUAGCUGAUACACAAAAGCGAAUUAAUGCAUUUUUGAACACCGGGAUUUCAGAUGGAUGACAUCAACCUACACCACAGGUUCCUAAAUUGGAGGCGUCGAAUCCGAGAGCGAGAAAUGGGAGAAGUGCGUCCAGCACAAGAACGAUUCAUGAGGUUGCUGAAGAAUGGAGACAUUCUCAGUUACCAAGGGAACUCUGAUGAAGUGGGUUGCUACGUCGCGCCCCAACCUUUAUCAAAGGGAACUUGCUACUUUGAGGUGACGAUAGUGGACACCGGGCUCAGAGGGACCAUCUCAGUGGGCCUGGUGCCCCGGUUCUACCGACUCGACCACCAGCCGGGCUGGCUGCCAUACUCUGUCGCCUAUCAUGCUGUCAAUGGCAAGCUUUACAACGGCAACCCACUGGGGCAGCAGUUUGGCCCUCAAUGUGUCCGUGGCGACCGCAUCGGCUGUGGAAUACACUCCGAGAACCCAGCAGCAGGAAUCACUACCGUCUUUUUCACCAAAAAUGGCAGAGAGGUGGGUUCGGCGGAGGUCCCGGGGACCACAGAGGGCCUAUUCCCCGCUGUGGGCAUGCACUCCCUGGGAGAGGUGGCACGGAUGGACCUGCAGGCCCAGUGGCUCCUGGAGGAGGACGAGAGCAUGAUGAUGGUGGACAGCCACGAGGACGACUGGGGGCGUCUCUUUGAUGUCCGGGCCAGUGGCACGCUGCUGGAGUACGUUGGCAAGGGGAAGAGUAUCAUGGACGUGGGCCUGGCCCAGGCCCGCCAGCCACUCACCACGCGCUGCCACUACUUUGAGGUGGAGAUCGUGGACGCCGGGGAGAAAUGCUACAUCGCCUUGGGCCUGGCUAGGAGGGACUACCCCAAGAACAGACAUCCAGGCUGGAGUCGGGGUUCGGUGGCCUACCAUGCAGACGACGGGAAGCUGUUCCACGGCAGCGGGGUGGGCGAUGCCUUUGGCCCGCGCUGCCUCAAGGGGGACAUCAUGGGCUGUGGGAUCAUGUUCCCACGAGACUACAUCCUGGACGGAGAAGCUGAUGGGGACGACUGGGAACGGCUGGAGGAUCAGCCACGGCAGGAGGGCAUCCAGAAUGUUCUGUACCUGAACGACGAAGGCGAGGAGGAGGAGGAGGAGGAAGGAGACAUGGAGAUGGAGCGGGGACAGGAAGGCAGGAAGGUGGCGGUGUUCUUCACUCGGAACGGCAAGCUGAUGGGCCGCCGGGAGGUGGGUGUCCCCCUGGGGGGCCUCUACCCCACUGUGGGCAUGCUGAGCAGCGGGGAGAAGGUCAAGGUGGACCUGCACCCCCUCAGCGGCUGACCUGGGAGAAGAUGGCGUCCAUGACCUUGCUGUUGUGGUCACCAUGACAACAGCAGCCUGUGGAUUUAGGAGCAUGGAGAACAGGGCGGGGCCCCCCUGAGCAGCUGGAGCCCGCCCACCUGCUGCGAGCCCACGGCAGAGCUAUGCAAUCACCAAGAACCGCCACCUCCUCAUCCUCAUCGGCCCCUCCUCCUGAAGGACCACCACCCUCUGUGAGGCCAGCGGCCCCGAGGGCCACACUUAUCAUAGAAAGGAGGACAACCUUCUCUCGCUGUCUCUGUCUCUCUCUGUCUCUCUUACUCUGUCUCUCUCUGUCUGUCUGUCGCUCUCUCUGUCUGUCUCCCUCUUUCACUGCUUUUCUCUUUCUCUCUUUCUCUCUCUCUCUCUCUUUCUCUCUCUCUCUCUCUCUCUCUCUCUCUCUCUCUCUCUCUCUCUCUCUCUCUCUCUCUCUCUCUCUCUCUCUCUCUCUCUCUCUCUCUCUCUCUCUCUCUCUCUCUCUCUCUCUCUCUCUCUCUCUCUCUCUCUCUCUCGUUCUCUGCUUCUCUCUCGGUCUGUCUCUCUUUCUCUGCUUCUCUCUCUCAAUCUCGGUCUCUCUUUGCGAGGCAUGCGCAUUCGUAAGAAUGCAGCAAUUUUGCUGCAGGAACUAUUAAUAUUUUCCAGCCAUUUCUCCUUUCCUCUAUAGCUGAUAAUGACCAUUGCCGGUUGUGUUAUUUUCGAAGAAGAUGGAGAAGACUAAAGUAGAGAUCAUUUGUUCAUAUUUUACUCAAAAGAGGUCCUAUUCAAAUAUUUAUAUUAAAAUAUGACUUUUUUAUAUCUAUGUAAAACAACUGUAAUGGAACUGCCUGGCAUUAUAUAGCUGCACCCGUAGGCAGUCCCAUUUAGAGAUCCUUUAGAUCAGGGGUCGGCAAGCAGACACUUUUGGUCCCUCCCAUCAAAUAAGAUGUAUCUGGAGCUUCAAAAGCUGUUCAACCCCUAAAAUGAAGACAACACAACAUCUAGCGUUUUACAUAUAGUUAUACUACAUAUCAAAAAACCAAUAGCCUAUCGUUUGUUGCAUUAAUGAAAUGUGUUGGUGUAGGAUGUGACCCUUAUGUUAGUUUACAAAAUAUGAAAACACUUUAUUUAGCUAUUUAAGUGUCACACUAUCACCUUGAUCUCCAAAAUAAGAGAUGUUCCCUUUGAGAUAAAGGGUUAGUAAUACAAUUGUUUGUAUUAUUAAUGUCAAAAAGAAUCCAAGCUGCAUGGAGCCGCCGCAGAGGGGUGGACGAGCCACAGGUUGCCGACCCCUGCCUUAGUCACCCAAAGCACUGUGCCCCACCUCGCAGGGUCCUCUGACCUCCACCCUCCCUCCCCUUCACGUUGAACAGUGACAAUGGUGUGCCUUUUUCUUUUUCUUUUUAUCCAAUGGAUUCCUUCUAAAAAAAAACAUUUUGUUUCUCAGUGGACAUGUUGAAUUUACUGCUGGACAUUCUUGAAGAUACUGACAUUUGAUGUUGUGGGCCGUUUGCUGUUUGCUGCAUGCGUUUGGAUGAAAUCAAAGCAGGAGUCUGUACGUACUGAGAUGCAUGUAGCCAUGAGCACUUUACCUCAGCCCCCCCCAGUGAGCCGGAGCUGUAGGCCUCCCUGUUAAAGGUGUCCCUGUUAAAGGUGUCUGUCAGGGCCAAUGUUUGUCUUUUUUAGAUGGUUUGCUUUGUUCUAAGGGGAGCUGGUUUUCUAUGCCAAAUUAUUUCCGUUUGUUAGCUACUAUGCUUUAUGUAUGCUCUUGUUUUUCAAUCUUCCUUUGAUGUUUUACUUUUACUCUUGAAUCUUUUCCCCUAAAAUAUACUAUUUAUCCACUUAGUUGGCUGACCAACCACUUCUCCAGAUGCUUGUUUAUGUCCUGUGUCCGUUUUACCUUAAACUCCAAAGUCAACACAUAAAUAUCAAUCUAGCUAGCUAAAGGUUUUGGAGAUUGUUUUUCCAAUACAAUGACAGUGUGUCGUACCAAGUACAUUCCUCUGUUCCCUCCCAGGAAGGUUUUAGAAUUAGCCUUUUAAAGCUAGUGGACUUUAAGAUACAAGGUCUAGUUAGCAAAUGACAGAACCAUGCAGUGAUGAUGAGGCUUACCAAUGAACUUAGCUUUAACACCCCAUCUGGUGUCAGGAGGUUCUGAGAUGUUAUCCACAAUAUACCUUGAAACACCUUUCCUGUGUGUAGUCAGUUGAAUCAGGAGAAGCUGCUGCCUGCAGGCUGUGAAUUGACUUUUGUACAGGUACAUUUAACCAUAACAUAUCAAAUGUCCCUAUGUAACUAUAGGCUACUGAUAUAGUUUGGCCGUGUGGAUCGUGCGUUUAAGUUUAGAUUGGUGCAAUAAAGGCGGGCAUCUUGAUCCCCAAACAAGGUAAACAUGUCUGAUAAUCACCUUUCAAAAGAGAAUGUCAAAUGUGUCUUUUCAUUUGCUUGAAUUAUCUUAGCAAAACAUAAAAUGUGAUUUAUAAAUAAUUGUAGGCUUUAUUUGAUUUGACUCAGUGGUCCCUCUGAAAUGUAUUCAGAAGCUGGACCUGGUUGUAGUUCCAUCCCUCAGUCUACCAAGUCCCCUCUAAAGGGAACAUUUUGAAACUGAUUCAAUUAUUGUUCAUAGCCAGUCCUGUUGAGUAUAACAAUUCUUUAUUUGUAUGAACAGUACAUAUUUUGGUCCACAUAAAACAAUGAUGGUAGCAGUAUUUGCUUGCAUUACACAUCAUAAAAAAGGAGGAAAGUGAGAGAAAGGCAGGGGGCAGAAGAACAUCCUUUGAGCCAUCUAUUGUUUCUAACCCUAGUAUUCCCCGUCUCAUGCUACAGAGGCCCAGGUGUAUUCUGGGUAAUAACAAGUGCAUAGCGUAGCACAAGAGCACUCACCUCAGCCUACCUGGAAAUCUAAAAAUAAGUACUUGAAGGAUGAGAUGUACUUCUUUACAUUUAAAAAUCAACUUGCAUCAGACAAACACUUUUCUUAAACCGUCACCGACAGUGAGAGAUGCUAAUAUUUUAGGAAUGUCUUGCAAGGUUCAAGAAGGUCAGAAGGUAGAAACACCGGUCAGAGAGGCACCAAGUGUCUGGAGUGAAGCAGCAGUGGUCCAAUGAGAUGAAGGAGAGGAGGACCUGAGAGCACACUGCUGAAGAGCUUCGCAUUCAUACAUCCUCCUCUUCCUCCUCGUCGUCAUAGUGACGGUUCCGUUUGAUCAUCUCCUCCACAGACAGCGCCUCCUUCUCUGGUGGCGUCUCCUCCUCGCGGUCCCAGGGGCCCGCGUCCUGGAGGGCCGGGUCGCCGACGGCCCCCUGCUCGCUGUCGGCGGACGACAGCCCGGCGGGCUCCAU